GGCGGGGCCGCGGACGCCAUUGCUCUGCUACUUGCUGGUGGCGGUCCUGUCAGGCCCCCUGACCAGCCCAGGUUCUCCGUCUGGUUUCUCACCCAGCUCCCCGGCUCAGUCCCUGGCCCGUCCCCUUCCUGGUGGCGGCCCCGGUCCCGCCCCGUCCCCGCCCUCUACCCGCAGCGGCGCGCCUGGCCCGCUGGGCGGGGUUCCGGGGAUGAGGCGGCGGCGGCGCGCAAAGACGAUGCUCCGCAGCUGAGGCGACGCGGCGUUGCGAGCGCGGCGCGACCCGCGGGAUGGCUCAGCCGGCCGGUCGGGAGGGCGGCGAGGGGCCUCCGGACCCCGGGGAGGCCGCGGGUCCGCCGGCCGCGCUGAGCCUGGAGGAGAUCCUGCGGCUCUAUAACCAGCCCAUCAACGAGGAGCAGGCGUGGGCCGUGUGCUACCAAUGCUGCGGCUCUCUGCGCGCCUCGGACGCUGGCCGCCGCCAGCCCCGCCGCCGGGUGCGCUCGGCAGCGCAGAUCCGCGUGUGGAGGGACGGCGCCGUCACCCUGGAGCCUGCCGCCGGCGAUGCGGGAGAGCCGGCCCCCGCCUCGGGUAAAUUGGGAUAUUCACAUUGUACAGAAACAGAGGUUAUUGAAUCUUUGGGAAUUAUUAUCUAUAAGGCCUUGGACUAUGGUUUGAAGGAAAAUGAAGAAAGGGAAUUGAGCCCUCCCUUGGAGCAGCUCAUUGAUGGCAUGGCCAACACAGCAGAGGCUGAUGGCAGCAAUGAUGAGGGCUAUGAGGCUGCGGAGGAAGGUCUGGAGGAGGACGACGAUGAAAAGAGAAAAACCUCAGUUAUCCGGUCAUAUAGAGACGUCAUGAAGUUAUGUGCUGCUCACCUCCCAACUGAAUCAGAGGCACCAAAUCAUUAUCAGGCAGUAUGUCGGGCACUGUUUGCAGAGACAAUGGAGCUACAUACAUUUCUGACUAAAAUUAAAAGUGCGAAAGAGAAUCUGAAGAAGAUUCAAGAAAUGGAGAAGAGUGAUGAAUCUAACACAGACCUGGAGGAGCUGAAAAACGCCGACUGGGCUCGAUUCUGGGUGCAGGUGAUGAGGGAUCUGCGGAAUGGAGUGAAACUGAAGAAGGUCCAAGAGCGGCAGUAUAACCCUCUGCCCAUUGAGUAUCAGCUCACCCCUUACGAGAUGCUAAUGGAUGACAUUCGAUCCAAAAGAUACACCUUGCGAAAAGUGAUGGUGAAUGGUGAUAUCCCGCCUCGGUUAAAAAAAAGUGCUCAUGAAAUCAUCCUGGACUUCAUCAGAUCAAGACCUCCUCUGAAUCCAGCCUCAGCCAGAAAACUGAAACCUACCCCACCACGGCCUCGGAGCCUCCAUGAAAGGAUACUGGAAGAAAUCAAGGCAGAGAGAAAGCUACGGCCCGUCUCACCAGAGGAGACCAGACGCAGCCGGUUAGCAAUGCGGCCACUUAGCAUGUCUUACAGUUUUGACUUGUCAGAUGUAAGUACCCCUGAAUCUCCGAAGAGUGCGGUGGAGUCAUCGAUGGUGAAUGGAGGGUUGCCGUCACAAUCAAAAGAAAGUGGGCCCAUUGCCCCACAGCAGGUGCCUGUGCAGCGGAGGAAGCUUCUCAAAGCGCCGACUCUGGCCGAGCUGGGCAGCUCUGACUCCGAGGAAGACACUCUGCCCAGGUCAGCCAGCAGCAGCAGUGCAUCUCCCUCAUUCCUUGAAGAUCCUGUUCUGGAGGCUGUGUCCACGAGGAAGGACCCUCCGAAGUUCCUGCCCAUAUCCUCCACACCCCAGCCAGAGAGGCGGCAGCCACCACAGAGACGGCACUCCAUUGAAAAGGAGACGCCCACCAACGUGAGGCAGUUCCUGCCCCCAUCCAGGCAGAGCUCCCGGUCACUCGUUCCUAGGAUAAGCAGAGUGUGGCCCAGGACGUCUUUCCGACCACUUUUCUCUACCAUACAAACAGCUUCUCUGCUCAGCUCUCACCCUGUGGAGGCAGCCAUGCUGGGGGUAGCAGGGGCUAUGUACUGUCUGUGUCAGAGAGCUUUUACCAGCAGGUGGAAAUCCGCAAAGGAGGAGUUCUGCUACCCAGUGGAGUGCCUGGCGCUGACUGUGGAGGAGGUGAUGCAUAUCCGUCAGGUCCUGGUGAAGGCAGAGCUGGAAAAAUACCAGCAGUAUAAAGAUGUCUACACCGCUUUGAAGAAAGGAAAGCUCUGCUUUUGUUGCCGAACCAGGAGAUUUUCCUUCUUCACCUGGUCUUAUACCUGUCAGUUCUGUAAGAGGCCGGUGUGCUCACAGUGUUGCAAGAAGAUGCGGCUGCCUUCCAAGCCAUACUCCACCCUUCCUAUCUUUUCAUUGGGACCUUCUGCCUUGCAGAGAGGGGAAAGUUGUCUGAGGCCAGAAAAGCCCUCCACUGGCCACCAUCGACCACUUCGGAGCAUUGCCAGAUUGUCUUCAAAAUCCAAGUCUGUGGACAAAUCAGAUGAAGACCUACAGUUUCCCAAAGAGCUGAUGGAGGACUGGAGUGCCAUGGAGGUGUGUGUAGACUGCAAAAAGUUCAUUUCAGAGAUCAUCAGUUCAAGCCGGCAUAGCCUCGUGUUGGCCAACAAGAGAGCCCGAUUGAAAAGGAAAACCCAGUCUUUCUCCAUGGCUUCUGCAGGCCCCUCGGAGUACUGGCCCUCGGAGAGGACCAUCAGCGAGGUCUGAGCCCUGCCCUGUGCCCGGCGGCCUCGGUGGAGGGCACUAGCUGGCCCGGCUCAGCCUCGGGCUAGAGGUUGCAUCAGGGCAGGUUUCUGCUGCAUCACCUUAUUCCACAGACUGAGUACUGUGUUCACCUCGAUGACACAUGACAGGUCAGCCAGUGGCUUGUCCACUCUGAGAGAGGACAGCGGUUUGAAACUUGCUUUUGUGUGUGUGUGUGUGUGUGGAUGUGGAGGCAGAACCUUUUUCCUUAGUUCAGUUCUUUACUGCUCCUCACAUAGUUGUCUGACUAAGGCAGAAAGCGUCUCAGCACGAACUGGGUCUAAGACGGCGUGGACUUCGGCGCUGCCCGCACGCGCUAAGUCACAAUGGCAUCUCCAGGACAUGGUCCUCGCCGAUGUGCGCAGCGCUGCCUGUCCCAGCACAGAACCCGCAGGGUUUGCUCUGACUCUCUGGCUGACUGUGUGGGACUGUUCUCUGGGGUGAGGGCCACGCCCGUGCAGGACGUCGAUGCCGCUCUGCUCCAGGUGGGUGGCCGUGUCCUCCACGCUGCUGGCUCUGCCCCGAGUGGGGGAGCAUCUUCGGAGCAGUGACAGCUCCUCUGCUCUUGUCUUGAAUGUAUUAUGGUUACCAGUCCUUUCAUAACGGGGAUCUCAGAAGUAAAGUUUUGUGGUAUUUUGGGUCAAAGAAAGGUUAGAAGUUUGUCCAGGGGUUGAGCGUUUUGGCCAGCUGUGACAAGACUGUGACCGUGAAGGAUGCCCUUGUGGGCCGCACUGCAGGGAGUGAGCUGGAACCCCACAUUCCCAACCACAGUGUCAUAACUUUAUAGUCUCGCCAUCACGCCUAAAUUCAGCCACAAUUUGGUACCUAAGGUCUCAAACUGAAAUUUAUUUAUUUUUAUAAGUGAAUUUUAAAUGGAAAAAAAAAAACCAUUGUCUAGUUCUUUUAAAAUUACAAGAAAAUUAACCUGCUGAUAGGCUUUUUGGAUGCUUUUUGCACACGUUUUCCCUGUGAGCGGCUUGAGUGAGCAGGGUGGGGGUUUGGUGAGGUAGGUUGGAGGGUAGCAUUGUACACCAGUAAUCUCUCGGCUUAUUUGGCCCAUUCCCUGGGCCGUCCCUUGUUAUUUUGGAUGCUUAGCAAUGUCCCCAGCAAUGACCCCAGUCAAGGUGCCAGUCUCUGCGGUUCCCUGAAGCUUCUCCGUAGUCAGCGCUGCGACAGCACCACUUAACCCAAGGCAUGGCGGUCACACUUCAUGCCAUGUCCAGAUAGGGUAACAUUUCUGUAGUACAUUAACAGUGAUACCUCAGAACUGCGCUGCGAAUUUUUAAUGACUGAAAUUUAUAAAUUAGUAAAUGGCUUAAAAUUGCUUAUACUUAUAAAAUAAACUUUACCAAUUGACUGAAGUAAUGCAUGUGAACAGUUUGUCUGUAUUUGCAGGUAAAAGUGGGCCACCAGCAACUCUUAGUGACUUUGAAAAUGUUUAAAUGGUUGUAAAGACUCUUACUUAAGAGCUGUAAACAUUGUUUUGAGUGAACUUCACUUGUAAAAUUUUCCAAGGUCAGUUUGGACUCUAGAGCCUGGGUUGUUUGGUGGAGCCUCUGACCACCCCUGGGACAGGGAUGCUAGGUGGCAGGCGGGGCUUGUCCCCAUGCGCAGUCCCGGCUAGCAGAGUGCGCUUCGAGACAUGGUGACCGGUUUACAGGUGUCUUGAAGCAGUAGCCCCAGAUGAGAGCUGCGCCUGCAUUCACACAGCAGAUGAAACCAGCACAUGAAACCAGUCUUGGCCGCAGCUGCCCCGAGUUUGAUCCUGUGAGGCCGCUGGGGCACAGGCCUCUCGGCAGAGCGGUAACAGUGCAGUUGGGGUCCGCCACGUGGACUGGGAGCUCAGGCGGGAGGGUCUCCCGGGACAGUCUGCAGGAAGCAGAGGAAGAAGGCACGUGGCCAGCUCAGACGGUGGGUACCCCAUGUGCAGGGACACGUUCUCGUGCUGAGCCCUCCCUUAUUUAUGGAUGCCCCACCUCCUCGGCCUCAUGGUCACUUCCAGAGGGCCUCUUGCUAAGAGCGUGUGGUGAUUACAGCCCUCAGCCUCGUCCCCUCAGUUCCUUACUCCCGAUUCGCUGCUCCUCCUUGUCCUGUCUCGGCACUUUCUGCGGGUCCCCUGCCUCACCCCCAGCAUCACCCUGUCCCCCCAGAUCCUCCUUUUCACCCCAUGAACCCACCCUGCAGGGAGACCUUUGUUUCCCUUCUCACAGCUUAACUUGCUGCCAGUGUUGCAAUAGCUAAGAAUGCUUGUAAAUACUGUAAUAUAGUGAUUAAUAUUCGAAAGGCAUUCAUUCCAGUGGACAGUGAGAAUUAACUCUCCCAAGGCGAGUAAAUGUUAAACCAAGUAAUUGAUUUGUACAUCGAUUUAGCAGUCUUACUAGAUUUUAAGUCUUAAGCCUUUCAGAUUAAACUAGAAGGUUGUUAUGGAGUUUUUAAUGAUCUUACAUUUGAUGAGAUCCCAUGAACUCAUAUGCUCACCCCAUGUAAUUAGCACCAUGAACUCAUAAUGGGAAUUUUUCAAGGCUUUUAUUUUUUUAACUGUAUUAAUAAACUAAGUCUGGAUUUUAGGUGUCACACAGGACACAUGAAAAUUUCAAACCACGUUGCUAUUUGCAAAAGCAAAAUAGCAGGCAGUUUUGUACAUGCAAACUGUUGAAGGGCCAUGAAGAAAUGUGUACACUGCGACCUGGCUUCCUGUGUGUAUAAAAGUCGAGGUAUUGCUGGCAUUCAGCGUGACAUGACGGUACUAAACAUUUUCCAUUAAAGUCUUUUAUUUUGAAAUUUAUCUGGGGGAAAAAUAAAUGACUUUCCAUCAUG